AUGCAGUUCAAGCUCGCCGUCUUCACCGCCGUCCUCGCCGCCGUCGCGGUCCUCGCCGCCCCGGCCGCUCAUUUGCCCGCCUGCGAGUCGUCCAGCACCGCCAGCUGGCCCGAGUCGACCACCGCCUCUAGCCCGUGGGGUCCCUCGUCCAGCUCCUCCGCGGGCUGGCCCACCAGCAGCUCGUCGGGCACCUGGCCCAGCGCUGUCUCCCCUUCCGGCUCUGCCGCCUCUAGCGCCACGGACGCCGGGGCCCCCGAGCCGACUGAGUCCUCGUCCGCCGGCUCGUGCAACUCGGGCCCCGUUCAGUGCUGCAAGACCACUGAGUCUUCGGGCAAUCUCAGCGAUGGCACUACGAGCCUCCUCGGGGUGCUCGGCAUUGAUGUGUCGGACCUCGCGAACGACAUCGGCUUGAACUGCGCGUCUCUCGUUGGUGGAGCAACCUGCUCCUCGAAGACCGUGUGCUGCCAGAACAACACGUUCAACGGUCUGAUCGCUAUCGGCUGCGUUCCGAUCGACAUCUCGCUGUAA